CGUCGGGUCAGCUGGUUAACAACCGCCAUGAAAUACAGUUAAAAAGAGGCCCAACAUUUCUUAGUUCAUCGACGUGCCCUGGGGAUUCAAAUCCAAAAUGUGUCGAAACAAAACAUGGCAGAGUGAUGAUCAUUAGCUAGCUUUUGUGUUUUCUGAAGUGACACCUCCUCCAUGCUCACAGAUGAAAGGAGGAAGUGAGUGGCUUUGCAAGAGGGUACAGAUGUGUGCAGAUUCCCCACUUGCAACUUCAACAUGGAUUUUGACUACCAGAUGAUAAAAGAUUCUGAAAUGCGUGAGAGAGAAGCACGUCUCGCCUCUCUGCCAGUCCCCCAAUCCCAGCAGCCCCCCGCAAGGCAGAUUCCUCCAGUCAAACCGAGGCGAAGCAUCAAAUCCCGCCCAGCACCAAAGGAGGAGGCGGGGCCUCCCAGCAAGCCGGCCAAUGGCAGGGAGAGUGAGACGGUGGUUCAGAAGAUGCCCGCGGCUGUGCUGCGGUGUGGUGGCCCCGGGCCCCUGGAGGCCCUGUCUCCCUCCCUGAGGGCCCACACCCUGCUGUGGUUCGAGAGGUCCCAGAUGCCCCAUCUGCGCAGGCCGGGGCAACCGCUGCCCUGCUGGCUGCACGGCUUCGCCACGCGCCGGGAGGCAGAGGAGCUGUUGAAGGAUGAGCCUGAGGGCUGUUUUCUGGUGAGGCUCAGUGAGUCUAAGAUUGGGUUCGUCCUCUCAUACAGAGGAAGAGACAGGUGCCGCCACUUCAUCCUCGAGCAGGAAGAGGGCGGGGCCACAGGGGGAGGAAGGCGUUACCUCAUCGCCGGGGAGACGAGUCGCCAUGGCAGCCUGCAGGAACUGAUCGACUACUAUACCCAGCAUGCUGUUGGGCCCUUCGACGAAGUGCUGACCAUGCCCUGUGCCAAGGGAAAGAGAGCCCGUGAGGAUUUAUCGGGACAGGACGUGGGAGGGACGGGUGGAGGGGCACUGGGGGCAGAACAGGAGUCCGAAUCCACCCCCACCCCCGCCCCCGCCCCCGCCCCCGCCCCCGCCCCCGUCGCCCCUCCCCCGGAGACGGCGCAGUACGCAGUGGUGAGGAAGGUGAUGAGGAAGGCCAACUCCUUCCCGGAGGCAAAGACUGAUGAAGAGAUCGAGCAGGUGCCAAAUUUCAUCCCCGCUGAACCCCCAAAAGCCGCAGCCCCAGAGAGCUGUCACGCCGAUGACGGGACGGGACCUGGGGACCCCCAAUACGCCCGGGUCAACAAACCCCCGAGGGCCGUCGCCAACACCGCCCCUCACUCUUCCUCCCCCUCCUCCUCCUCCUCCUCCUCCUCCGGGGCCGAAGCACAGUUGGAAUCCCACCUGGGACUGCCCCCCGCCCCCCUGGCCGGUGCCGCCCGGCCCCAGCGGGGGUCGGGGGAGGAGCAGAAAUACUGGGAGCUGGUGCCCAUGCACACCUACGAGGAGACCCAUCACCUGACCCACCCGGAAGAGUCACAUGACCGCAUCGACUUCUACGCCAUGGGGAGGAGGCAGGAUAUUCAGAGGAGUGGGGAGGGUGUCCAGAACCACCUGUACUCUGAGGUGAACCUGAGGGGGUUGAGGGACGGGCCGCCCACAGUGGCCAUCCCCCCUCCCGCCCGAACCCCCGGGCUGCCGCUCAGACCGCCUCCCCGACUGACGGACUGCCCCUCUCCCCUGGACCCCGCCCUGCAGAGAGUGGAUGGCCGCCUCCCCCUGACUCCUCCCUCUCAGUCUGGCCCCUCCCCAUCCGUCCCCAACAGCCACAGCCCCAUCUACGAGCAUAUCCCCGAGGGGGGGCUUUCAGCACGACCACCGUUGCCCCCCCAGAACCACAGGCACUGACCGAAGACCGGAGUCACAGUCCUGUUAUCGCCCGUCCCUGUGCUGAUGCUGUGAUGAUUUCGUAGGGCUGGUUCGCGAAACAAAGUUGCGUUAAAAAAGGAGGACAAUUUUUACAGAUGUGCUCAUUCCUGUGGACACGGCAUGAACAUUUCUGACAAGCAGGAAUAAUUUCAAUACGGCACCUUUACUGAAAUAAACUCAAGGGGCCUCAUUCGCAAAACUUUUCUUAAAUUAUUCUUAUUUUUGGUGUACGAGAUGAUGAAUGCUGACUGUUUUUUGUAUGUUUAAUUUUAUGCACAAUCCUGUACAUGUGAUUGGCAUAAGGAAACAGCCAUGAAUACAGAUCAGGAAAAAAAUAACGAAUUCCGAAAUGUUCCUGGAAAUGUUCGUACACAGUUUACGAUCAAAUGUGAUCGUACGCAUGUAGGCCCAAUAACUGUUUUGAAAAUAAAGUGCAGCUCAAACAUGUCUUCAUCCUGGCACAAGAGUGGCCAUGGAGAGUCAUACCCAUUUCUGGCUUUCAUGCUAACUUCUGCUCUUAAUUAUUUAAAUAAAUUUUCUGAAAUCUGUAA